AUGCGCUUUGGCCGACCGGACUCGAUCGCACUGUCCGAGAUAGAAAAUCUAAGAAAUCUUCAGAGACUCACCGACUCUCCGCAACAGAUUUGUGUGUUCGCUACUCGAAUAAAGAAUAGCGUAGCGACUCUUCGCGCACUUGGACGGACACACUACCUGUAUAACCCCGAGAUAGUACACAGUCUGACCGAGAAGCUUACACCAGCGCUUCGCUACCGCUGGUACGAUUACGCCUGGGAGCACACAGAAGAGGAACCGGACCUCAUCAAGUUCAGCCGCUUCAUCGAGCGAGAGGCCGAGAAGUGUGCCAAGUUCGCCGCUCCCGAACCGAUCUACAGAGAACACAGCUACCCACACCGGAAAAUACAGAAUACCCAGCGUGUCUUCCACAUCGAACAGAAGACAGUACAGAGAUCGUCGUGCCCAGUUUGCAAGAGCAACCACUCCGUCACCGAUUGCAGCGAGAUGAAACAAGCCCAUAGUAGUGAACGCUGGGACAUUGCCAAACAGAAACGCCUGUGCUACCGCUGCCUUCGUCCCUGGAAUAGAGCACACAGAUGCCCAGGCAUUCAAUGCAGAGUAAAUGGGUGCAGAAAGACACAUCACAGAAUAUUGCACCACGAAACAGUCGCGCCUACAGAGAAAAUACACGCAAUAGUUUCGCCUACGCACGUCGAUAAAAUUGCUAAUAGAAAUCCGUCAGGCGCUAUUAGAAACGGAAGAUCGUCCCAAAACCAGCGGGAGNAUCAUUCAAUAAAUGUGUAG